ACCAGCAGCCUCAUUUAUUGAGACAGGCAAUUAAUCUUGUGUCGUUAUUGCCAUGGAAGUUGCGCCCGAACUUGUGCAGGAACGCGGCAAAGCAUCCUUUCCUCCCUCGACUUUGACCCAGCUUGUAGACGGAGGAGUGGCUAAAAUGGCAAGGCGGCGAUGGCUUCGCAGUCUGAUUCUAUCUGACCCCAUAUUUAACAAUGAAGACAGCAUUUAUUUGAAUCAUACAGAGCGAUACAAACGUGCAUUGUCAAAAUGCGGACGCCUCGACCAAUUGAUCAACAAGUAUCGGUUGAACGAAGAAGACAGUAUUGUUCUGCGUUCCUGUACCUCGGAGGACCUUCCAACGCUGUUGCACGAUUUAAUGUUCCUGCCGUGUCUCCUCAGUCUUUGUAGCGAAGAGCAACAAGCGUACUGGGUCCCCGCCGCCCGGAGUAAAAAGGUGCUUGGUUGUUACGCCCAGACAGAACUCGGCCACGGCAGCAACAUCCAGGCUUUGCAGACGACUGCCACGUUCGACCCCGCGACUGAUGAGUUCAUCAUGGACACGCCCACGGCGCAGGCGUACAAAUGGUGGCCAGGGACGCUCGGCCGCACCGCCAACACCGCCAUGGUCAUUGCCCGCCUCCUCUUACCCCAGGAGUCCUCUUCCUCGUCCCCUGCCUCGUACAAGGACAUGGGUAUUCACAACUUCAUUGUGCCGUUACGCGACCUGCACACGCACGCAUUGCUUCCCGGUGUCGUCACCCGGGACAUCGGUCCCAAGAUUGCUUUUGCUGGGAUGGAUAAUGGCUGCCUGGAACUGCAUGCGGUACGCAUCCCUCGUGCCAAUCUCGCUCAACGAUUCGUGCGUGUGACGCGCCAGGGCGUUUGGAGCCGCGUGGAGGGAACGCACAGCAAGGCUGCCUACGUGACCAUGAUGCAGGUCCGGGCCAUCAUCGUCGUGCACUCUGCGAGGGAGCUAAGCAAAGCCUGUACAAUUGCCAUACGAUACUCGGCCGUGCGUAGGCAGGGUUUUGAUGAUUCCAAGACAGGGAGCGAGCUACAGAUCUUGGACUAUGCGUCCCAGCAAUACCGGCUUUUGCCCCUCCUGGCCGCUUCAAUUGGGUUUUUUUUCUGCGGUCGGGCCGUCCUCACCCUGCUUGCAGAGACGGAAGACGCGUUGCUGAAAGGAAGGAAAGGGCAGGCGGAAGUUGGAGCCCUGAUGGGGAGAGCGCAUGCAGCUUUGGCGGGGCUCAAGUCCCUCUGUACGACCAUUGCUGCGGACGGGAUUGAGGAAUGCCGCAAAUGCUGCGGGGGGCACGGAUACUUGGCGUGCUCCGGCCUUCCAGAACUUUCCGGGAAUUUUCUACAGCAGUGCACGGUGGAAGGAGACAACGUGCUCCUGACGCAACAAACAGUGGGGUACCUCUUGAAGUCCUACAUCAAGUGGAGGACUGGCGGACCGGUCUUGGACGAGGAGUGCCAAUAUUUCGUCACCGCAGCCGAUGGGGCCCACGCAGAAGGUCUCGGAGAGGGGGGGAACGGAGUGCGAGACGAGCCGGCUGUCUUGUCGUUGUUCAGUCGCAGGGCCUUCGCCACGUUGGAGCGCCUCGCCCUCCGGCUCCAAAGCCUGACGGAGGGGGAGGCGUCCUUGAGCCAGGCUGGGGCUUGGAGGAGGGUACUCGUCGAUGUCAUGUUCGUCUCCAGGUCUCAUGCUUUGUACACUGUCUUGAGGCACUUUGCUGCCGGACUGAAGAGCCUGAGAGACGGCAACGACGUGUCGGGGGUGGGAAAGGCAGGGGCAGAUGCCGCCUUCAUCCGUGUGUUGGAACGCUUGUUCUUCCUCUUCGCCUUCUAUCAUCUCAGUAAAGAGGCGGGGGAUUUCUUGGAACUGGGUUUGCUGUCUCCGGAAACGGUGGCAAGGGUGAGGGGGGAGGUGGAAAUACUCUUGGGAGAGGUUCGGCCGGACGCGGUGGCUCUGUGCGAUGGGUGGGAUUGGGACGAUUUCGAGCUGAAAAGUGCCUUGGGCCGGUGGGAUGGUAGGUACGCCGAGGCGCUGUUGGCGUCUGCGAAGAAAGAACCUCUGAACCAUCAAGACCCGGUGGAUGGCUGGGACCGAACGUGGCAACCUCAGUGGAAAGUAGAGGAACAAACGGAACGGGCGCGACUCUAA